UUUGCUGCUUCUGCCGGUUAAGGCGCAGUUCAAGUCUAGGCGGGAAGCGCAAGACAGCCAAGGUGACGCUUUGAGCCUUCAUGCGAACAGCAACAUUGGCUCUUGGGGCGUCAGGCAGCCGCAGCCGCAGCAGCAGCAGCGGCGUCAGCAGCGCCAGCUGCAGCAGCAGCAGCAGCAGCAGCAGCACAAGAGAACAACGAACCUGCAGCAGAAAAUGGGAGAGCCAGAGGACGGAGGCGGAGGCCCUGCUGCUGCUGCGCUGCGGCUCGCGCAUGCACGGCAGCGGCUGCGCCAAAUGGCUGCUUCUACGCAGUCUCUUCUGGAGAGGUGCAGCGAUGGGGCAGCAAAGCCCAAGGAGGUGCACGUGGAGGAGCUGCGGUCGCGGCUUGCUGCAGCUGACGAGGCCUUCCUGCAGUCUCAGAAGCAGCAGGAAGAAAGAGACAGAGAGACGCUGAAGCGGCAGCUGCAGCAGCUGCAGCAGCAGCAAAAGAAGCAAAAAGGCGAGACGGAGGAAGAAGAGGGGCGGCUGCAGCGCCGAGUGCAUGAGCUUGAAGCGGCAGUUGCUGCUGCCAAGGCCAGCGCAACUGAGGCCUACACGACGGCGCAGAAAAGAGUAGUGCAGCUAAGCUCUGACUUAGAAGCAGCAGCAUCGGGCAAAGAGGAGCUGCAGCAGCGCGUGGAAAGCCUGGAGAAGGCUCUGCAGCAGCAGCGGGAGCAGCAGCAGCAGCAGCAGCAGCAGCACCAGGCUGCGACUCAAGCGCUGCAAGAUGAACUCACGCAGGUGAAGCAGCAGCUGCAGCGGGAGAGGCAGCAGCACCAGCAGCAGGUGGCGGGGCGGCUGGAGCAGCAGCAGCAGAUGCUGGAGCAGCUAAAGCUGCAGCAGCAGGCGAGCGAAGAAGCACACCAGCAAGCUCUCAAGCUAGCUGCUGACGACUCGCGGCUCGAGCGGGAGGCGCUGGCGCUGCAGCUGAGCGCAGCAGAAGCAAAACUGCAGGCUGUCUCCAGCAUUAAAGAAGCAGGCAUAAACGAAAGGAACUGCCUCGAACAGCUGCAGGGCGCCAACGCUAAGCUACAAAAGGAGAAGGAAGAGCUGCAGCAGCAGCUCGUGGAAGCAGCUAAGCGGCAAGAACAGCUGCAGCACCAAGAGCAGCUUCAGCAGCAGCAGCAGCAGCAGCAGCAGCAGCUGCUAGACUGCACGAGGGACCUCAAGGAAGCAGAAAUGCAGCGCCAGGAACUUCUUAAAGAAGUUAUGCAGUGGAGAAAGCUGGCAGCCUCAUUUGUAGUGGAGGAAACCCCCACGAGAGAGGCCUUCCGCCGCUGGCUGCUGCUGCUGGUCAACUCUGUCCAGGCGCUGCAGUUCACCAGCAGACAAGCAGAAGCAGAGCUGCAGCAGAUGCAGCAGCAGCAGCAGCAGCUGCAGCAAGAGCUUGCGCACCAAAAGGACCUGGUGGCUGCGCUGAAGCUGCAGGUAGCCGACGCAGAGCUGCAGCAGCAGCAGCAGCAGCGGCAGCACCAGCGGGCGCUGUCAACUGAGAAAGCAGCUAACGAGCUUCUUCAGGUCAAGCUUGCUGGCGCACUGCAUGCAACCAGCGAGCAGAUCGAGCGCCUGUUGCAGCCGGCGGCAGCAGCAGCAGCAGACGGCAGCAGCGACAGCAGCAGCAGCAGCAAGCAGCUGCAGGAGCAGCUGGCUGAGUCACAGGAGGAGAUAAAACGCAUGCAGCAGCUGCAGCAGCAGCAGCAAGAGCUACUGCAGCGCCAGGAGGCGGAGCUGCAAAGACUGCGACAAGCUGAUAGGCGGCAUGCGAGUGCUGCACUUGAGGGCGAACAGCUGGCUCAGGAGAAUGCUCGUUUAAAGGGGGAGCUGCAGCGAAAAGCUGCUGAGGCGGCGGAGCUUGAGAAGCGUCAAG